UGGUAGUGAAGAAAACAAUAAACAAACCUAACAGCAGAGCCAGCACGAAGAGAAGAGCACAAACUUCCGAAAGGAAGAAGAGAACCACGGUGCCGGCAGGAACGGCAGCGAUGUGGUGACCUGAGAAGAGAACCAGCACACGCCACCACACCGAUGACCGGACGACAACGACGUCACAAACUGCUGCAACAACGACGGCGUGGAGAACAAAGAGAACCACAGCGCCUCGCGAACUAAGAGUGCCUUCCGUGGGGAUAGGGAAAGAGAGCCCCGAAAGCAUCCGCGAGUGGAGGCAGCUGUGUCGGUCUUCCGCAAGCAGUAGACGACAGAAGAAGGAACCCUACUCCGCGAGCAGUAGAGGAGAUAAACGGACCCUAAUCGCGGUACUACUGCUUCUUGGUGCCAUUGACUCUCCCUAUAAUUGUUGUUGCUGUGUACUUUCAUUGGCUCAGCAUGAAGUUGUUCAAGCAUGCUUAGCAUAACCUUUUCAGAUUUUGAUGGCAGAAAUAAAUAAUUAGGAACGUUCAAGAAAACAAGGAAGCACGUUUAGUUGAUGAAAUCAUAGGGUUUCAAGAAGGCUGUUAUCAGGUUUAUCUUCGACUAUUCAAGUUUCACAACUGAACGGUUCAAUGCGGAAAACUACUGGAAACAUUGUAGGUCAAUUCUUCGGUGGUUUAAAUUGUUAUCUAAGAAGAUGUAUAUUUGCCAUUUUAUCUGUGGGUCCUGUACCAAGUCAUAUUGCUUUCAUCAUGGAUGGGAAUCGAAGGUAUGCAAAGAAGAAAAACAUGGAAGAAGGUGAUGGCCACAAGGCAGGAUUUGAGGCUCUCACGUCCAUCCUUAGAUACUGUUAUGAAUUAGGAGUGAAGUAUGUAACUGUCUAUGCAUUCAGCAUUGAUAACUUUAAAAGGAAGUCUAAAGAAGUUAAAUCCUUGAUGGAAUUGAUGCGGAAAAAGAUUGAGGAGUUGCUUGAACAAGAAAGUCUCAUUAAUGAAUAUGGUGUUAGAUUACAUUUCAUUGGAGACAUGCAACUAUUGACAGAGCCUGUAAGAGCUGCUGUGGAAAGGGCAACGAGAGUUACUGCCCACAACAACCAGAGAGUUCUUUUGAUUUGUGUAGCGUAUACUUCUCGUCACGAGAUUGUGCAUGCUGUUCAAGAAUGUUGCAAGGAAAAAUUGAAUGAAGUUCAAGCGUUAAAAGAAGAGAAAGUUACAGAUGGUGCGUUUUCAAGAAUUGAUCAGGGCCUGAAAGGCAAUGAUUUUGAUUUGUUUUCUCAAGAUUCAUGUAAAGAAUAUCAAAAUGCAAUAACAGCUUAUAGUACUGAAGUAGAAAGUGCUGCAAGGAAUGAUGGUUUGUAUGAGAAUAAUAUCGAGAAUCAUAUCGAUAACGACACUGAAGCUGAAACGACAUUAUACAAUGGGCUGGUUGAAUUGACUAAGGAGAGAAAGGAUAUACAGGAUGAGGUUCCUUUUAUUAAACUGGCGGAUAUUGAGAAGAACAUGUACAUGGCAGUUGCUCCUGACCCAGACAUCUUGAUCCGAUCUUCUGGAGAAGCUCGCCUCAGUAAUUUUCUACUUUGGCAGACUACUACAUGCCCUUUAUAUGCACCAACUGCACUUUGGCCUGAAAUUGGUCUCAGACACUUGAUCUGGGCAGUAUUGAACUUUCAGAGACACUACUUUUAUUUGGAAAAGAAAAAGAAACAGUCUUAAGCGUAUCCUUACCCGCCAAAAUACAUGUGGCAACAGGCCACAUGUAUGUAAAGAGUGAUGUGUACGAGUUUGGUGUAGUGCUUCUUGAAAUGCUAAUAGGCAUGAGGGCAGUUGACACAAUGUCCAGAGAGAAGAAGAACCUGGAAGAUUGGACUAAGCUUUGUCAUUCUUUUAAAGAAACAUAAUGGAUGGUAGGAUAGAGGGUCAAUAUUCUCGAAAGAAAGCAUUACAAUCACCACAACUUACUCUAAAAUGCCUAUUACAUAACCCUAAAAAAUGUCCUUCAAUUUAAUCUCUCUAGAUUUUUAAUGUUAUUAUAAUUUGUUUAAAAGGGGGUUAUCCUUUUUU